AUGGUGAAGCUGACAAUAAUUGGAAGGGUGAGUGAUGGGUUGCCACUUGCCCAAGGUCCAAGAUACGUGAAUGAAGAAAGAAAUGACAAUUUCUCAGCAUACAAGUUACAAGGAGAGUUCAUAUUACAGGAAAUCUCCAGGGGAUCCCUUCCACUUUCCAAUAUGACCAUUCGGGUUGAUCACCACUGUUUCAACUACGUUGUGGAAAAUGGAGUUUGUUUCAUUACACUCUGUGAUUCAUCCUACCCACAAAAAUUGGUACGGUUUUUCUUGCAAGAUUUGGCUACAGAGUUUGACAAGUUUGGCAGGAGCCUUGCAGAAAGGAUUACAAAACCAUACAGCUUUGUUGGAUUUGGAAGUGUGAUUGGAAACAUUAGAAGGCAAUACGUGGAUACAAGGACUCAGGCAAACUUAUCAAAACUCAAUGCAAAAUGUCAGCCAAAUGAAGAUUUCUUGACAGAGGAUUUCUCGCAAAUUGUCAAGAGAAGAAGAAGAGCCGAAUUGAUGGAAAGACUCACUGAAACACCACAACAAGCUUCACAAAUUUGGGGUUCAAAAAAGCUUGAGAUCAUUGCACUAAGAUGGACACCAAUUACAAUCCUCGGCGUCUUCGGCGCGAUCCUACUAUGGAGCAGGUUCACAAUGAGAGAUGACUGGUAG